CCACCGCCGUCAGCCAGUCCCCCGCUGCCCACUAGUCCAGGGGGAUGCUUGCUGCACCGCUCUCGCUCCCGCGACCACCUCAGUGACAACUUGUGCUCUAGUGGGUUUCUAUCGCAGUGUCUCACAUUCCCCUAGUUACUGAGUUUAUUCCGAUGGAUAUUGUGCAGAAGUGGUGUACAUUUUGUGUCAGUUCUUCAUAGUUUAGUGAGCGAAAACUUUGUGUUAUGAAUACUCUCAUGCACCAUGAUGUUACAGAAAGCUCAUGAUAGUAUGAUCACUUGAUCAAACAACUUACCAGUGAACUCCACCUGACACUGUGGGUUACCGUUGCCCCCUCAAGAAUUAUACCAGUUUCUUCAAGUUUUGGUGUUGGUGGAGGGACGUCUGCCCUACAGAAGAGUGCUUGAUGCUUUCUGCUGCUAGUGAUUCAUUACCCAUUGGCAUUACAGGGGAGGAAGACGGAGAAAUGGUCCGGAAUGGAGAUGAGAGAAAUAAGAUGGAUGUGAGGCGGUAUGAGCUGCGGUGGACACACCACCAGUCCACUGUGGUGGCGGAGGUGGGGUCGCUGUACAGAGAUGCCGCCUUGGUGGACGUCACUCUAGCCUGCGAGGACCAGCGGACCUACCAGGCUCACAAGCUGGUCCUCUCGGCAUGCUCACAAUACUUCCAGGGUCUGUUCUCCCGACACUCGGCACACCAGCACCCAAUCAUCUUCCUCAAGGACGUGAGCGGAGAUGAGUGCGAGGCGCUGCUCACCUACAUGUACCGCGGGGAGGUGUCCGUCAGCCAUGACCAGAUACAUCGCAUCCUUCGUGUCGCCAACUCUCUCCAGGUCCGAGGGUUGGCAGACAUGGAGCCGUCAUCCUCCCGGCCAUCCUCCCCAGCUGGAGAUAGAGGUGGUCACUGCCCAUCAUCCUCCCCCUCCCCCAGCACAGGACCCCCCACCAAAUGUGCCACCCCAGUUAGUGAGCCCCACUCCCCAAACCCUCCCCCACUAGUAAACCCUCAAAUUUCUAUUGGAGCCUCCAGUCACCCAACUCUAUCUCACCCUCACCCCACCUCAGACCCCUCUCCCUCCCCAGUAAGGCACCCAUCAGUAACGGCAGGUGCUGCACUAACAGCAGCAGCAAUAGCAGCUGCCCGACCCCCUCAAGGACCCCCUCCCCACCCCAUGCAUCCAGACUACCAUCCGUACUCCUUGUUACCCCACCGACCAUAUGAUCUCCCAGGAGCAUCAGGCCCCUCACUCUUGUCUGUCAGUGAGGCAGACAUCAAUAGAGAUGAUCUUCCAAAAUGCCCACCAGGUGCUUUGGCAAGAUCACCUUACUCCUCUUUGCGUGUCAAGCCAGACUUGGGCGGCAAUAACUGGGACAGUCCAGUGGAUGUAACGGGUGUGUCUCCGCUGCCUCUAGGGGAUCCCUCGCGGCCCCCUUACCCACUCUCUACAGCCAUCUUUGGUAGUUUUCUUCAGCACGAUCCUCAUCCAACCGCCUCACAACCACCAUAUGGGAGAAUGUUCCCAAUAAGCACCCUCUCUCCGUCGGCUGGACCGGCUCAGCACGACGGGGAAUGAUACACGCAUCCACAAAUGCCAGUAUUGUUCUCGCAAGUUCAAAAGGAAGGACCACCUCAAGACACACAUCAGGAUCCACACUGGAGAGCGGCCGUACAAGUGCAAGGUCUGCGGUCGGGGGUUUAUCCAGAGC